AUGGCUUCGAUCACUGCACGGCCCAAGGUCGCGGUCGUAGCGCCGGCGAGGGCGACAACCGACAACAUCUCGGCCCUCACCCACCACCACGGCGAAGGCGAUACGAGCGAAGAUGGCGCCAAGCACACGUCCAUUGCGCUCCGGCUCCCAGCCACGGUCGCCGGGUUGUCCAAAAAAUCGCGGCUUCGGCGGCUCUGCAUCGAGCUCUACUUCUCCGAGGCCUUUCACCGCUGUAUUCUCGUGGCAAUCGUACUCAACACGAUUGUGCUGGGCGUCGACACGUCGUCGUCGAUGACCGCGGACGCGUCAUCAUCGACCCUCACCACGGUGCUUGCCUGGCUCGACGUCGGCUUCAACGCGGUGUUUACGCUCGAGGUCUGUGUCAAGAUGCUCGCGGUCGGCGUGCUCGACGGACCUCAGUCGUACCUUCAAAGUCGCUGGAACAUUGUGGACCUGCUCCUCGUGCUCCUGGGCUGGCUCACGAUACUCUUGGCGACGCAGAGUGCGUCGCAGGUGCCCAACCUCGGACUCUUCCGCCUCUUGCGCAUUCUCAAGGUGCUUCGCGGGAUCACGUUCUCGCGCGGCCUCCAGACGCUCGUCCAGUCGCUCUUUGAGGCCAUGCAGCUUCUGGUGCAUGUUGGUCACCUCAUGCUCGUUGUGCUCGCCAUCUUUGCAAUCGCAGGCAUCAAUCUCUUCCGAGGCGCACUUCACCAGCAAUGCGACAACGAGUAUGUGGACGGCAGUGGCCCGCGCUGCGGCGCGCGUCCGUGUCCUGGCAAUGGAGCGUGCUCGGUGUAUGCCUUGAAUACGACGACGCUCUACAAGGACCUCAACGACGGCUACACCUCGUUCGACCACUUUGGGCUCGCGCUAUUGACCGUGAUUGAGGUCGUCUCGUUCUCCAACUGGGGGCAGACGCUCUUCGCUCUCGUGGAAGCCAAGUCGGGCAUUGCGGCACUCUAUUUUGUGCUGUUGAUUCCGGUGGGGAGCUACUUUGUCGUCAACCUCGUCAUCGCUGUCAUCCACGACGCGUACGCCCGCAAACUCAAGCACAUUCAGCGAGCACUCGUGACGGCUCAGCUCAAACUCAAAAAGAAAUCGCUCGCUGCAAAGCAGACGCGUCGGGCCCCAUCGGUGAUGGACGUCAUUCGCUUCCCCACGGCGCUGCCGGCAACGACGCUGUCGCACAUGGAGCUCCACCUUUUGCUCUCGCGCUUUCAAGAUGAGAACGGUCACGUCAACUACAUGGCGUUUGCCACGUUCUUUUCGCAGUCGAGUCAUGUCAACGAGACGAUGAACACGCUGCGACGCUUCCUCCAGCGCGCCAAGGUCGCGGGCUUGCACACCCACUCGCUCUUUCGAUUUUUCGACAAGGACCAGAACGGUCGUUUGAGCCUCGCGGAGCUUCAGAGCGGCUUUCAGGCAAUCGAAGCGCGCAUCGGCAUUGCUGUAGACUACGCGACAGUCGUAGCGCUCCACGCGUACUUGGACUUGGACAACAGCGGCCAUGUCGACUUGGCCGAAUUCAUUCGCUUUGCGGACGCUCCGUCGCGGCAAAUGGAGCUCCUCGAACAAAAAGUGCUCCUCGAGUGCCACGCGUGCGAGGUGCAUGGGACAAACCUCCUGGAGCUCUUUCGAGCCGAGGACGACACGCUUCAAGGCAUGGUGAAUGUCGAUGGUUUCAAACGGGUACUGAGGCGCAUGGGGUUUCACGGUGCAGGGGUGCACCUGCCCGCAGGCGCCGCAAGCGCGCCGAAGGCGGCUGCGUCCAAGGCCGAUGGUACGAUAAAGAGAGUGGCCCUCGCGGUGAUGCACCACCGCGCCUUCGCGCUGGUGAUCAACGUGGCACUAUUUGUGAACGUGGGUGUGCUCCUUGUGCGCAACCCGAACGACGAUGUCUCGCCACUGAUCGCCGACCCCCGCGUUAUUCAAAUCAACAACACUACGAUGUCGGAUACGAAUGAUGUCGUGUGGAUGCUGGCGCUCAGUAGAACGACUGACGUCCUCGCGUGCAUCUUUUGCCUCGAAAUGCUCGUCAAAAUCAACGGACUAAGUCUCGCUGGCUACGCCGCUGAUACGUACAAUCUCCUCGACGGCAUUGUCACGGUCAUUGGGAUGCUGCACCUGUGCUUCUCAAGCGUCGCCUCGAUGCCAGAUAGCGUCGCUCGCGGCUUCCGCAUUGUCCGCGUCGCGCGCGUCUUUGCCCUCGGGAAGCAGUUGCUGUCCUUCCGCAUGCUUUUGGAGACGAUGCUCACGAGCUUUCGCGGCCUUUGCUACUACGCCAUCUUGCUCGGCCUCGUGCUCUACGUCUUUGCGCUCAUUGGCAUGAACCUCUUUGGCCACUCGCUGCCGUCGUUUCAGACGCUUUGGAAGGCGCUGUUGACCGUCUUUCAGAUAUUCACGGGCGACGAGUGGACCAGCGUGCUCUACAGUUGCAUGGACUCGAGCACAUACAAUGGCGUCCUCUUUGUCAUAUCGGCCUUCGUCGCUGGCUUUUACAUCUCGCUCAACGUCUUUCUCUCGAUUCUGCUUCAAAACUUCGACUCGGACGAAAACGCCCACCACCGGUCGUACUUUGAGACGCUGGCCAACGCCGAGUUUGGCUUUCUGACCGCACUCUGGUCCUGGUUUUUGCAGCGCUGGCAGCCACCGUCGCCCGUCGUUGCUCGUGAGCUCUCAGCCAGCGGCAGUUCUCGUUCCAGCGUCAUGGACGCCGAAGCGGUCCUUUCAGCCGUCCGACGGGGCAGCCGCUGCGCAGACCCAACGACGAUGCGCCUCCACGAGGUCGCCGACAUUUUGUUCUUCCAAAUGGACGUUCGCGACAUCUGCAUAGAGCACAAGUGGUAUUUUGCCUGCGUCCUCGGCUCGGACGUUGUGGAUUUCUUGUUGAAGCAUGGGUACGCAAGCGACGUUCUCGACGCUGAGGCCAUAGGCAGCCGACUCGUGACAAUCGAGCGCCUUCGGCCCCACGCAGCUUCUCGCGGCCGGUACACUGCCAAGGGGCUCAGCCUUACCGACGUCGAAGUCGACGUCUGCACCGUCAUGCACGAGCUCGUUUCCGCGGUCCAAGGUCCGUUUGGGAACGACGACAGUGUUUUUUCGCUGCACCCGCGCUAUGGUCUGCAGCCGUUGCACCCGUCGAUACAGCGAGCCAAGACAGCACACGAGCGCCGAGCGAAACGAACCACUGAGUCGCGCCAAGAGCGUCACCGCGCGCUAAUGAACGGGAACGCCCUCGGCUGCUUUCCCACCACGAGUUCGUUCCGAGCGCGCAUUGCUUGGCUCACGCUGCACCGAGCGUUUGGCAUCAUCGUGCUCUUGAGCAUCCUUCUGUCGUGUGUUCUUGCAGCGAUGGAAGGCAGUGCAAGCGGCGGCGACGUGUACUCAGCCUUGUUUUUCUGGGGCGACGCGGCUUGCACGCUCCUCUUUACAGUUGAGAUUUUGCUGCGGGUGAUUGCGCAAGGACUUUGGUUUACGGGUCCGCGCGCCUACUUGCGUGACGGCUGGAAUGUUCUGGAUUGCGCUGUCACGGCCUUUGCACUCGUGACGCUUAGCGUGUCGUUGUGCGCUUCCACGAAUGUCGGCGCGACGCACAGCGUCACGAAAGGCUUCAGCGCAGCCAAGCCGCUUCGGGCUUUCCGAGCGCUUCGGCCGCUGCGCAUCGCGCAUCAUAACGACGGCAUCAAGAUCGUCUUGUCGGCCAUUCUAAAGACGCUACCGUGCGUCGUGCACAUCCUCGGCGUCGUCGUCGUGUUUGUCUGCAUCUUUGCGCUCGUGGCCGUCGAGCUCUUUGCAGGCAAGCUCGCCUACUGCGACAGCGUCGAUCCGCUCGAUCGCUAUACAAAGGGCGUGAAUGCCUGCCUUAGCGAUCCUGACAUCCAGCGGGCUUGGGUGACGCCAUUGAACAACUACGACACGGUCGGCAGCGCGAUUGUGUACUUGCUGCAGCUCACGACGUUGCAAGGCUGGUCGACCGCCAUGCACGAUGUCAUCGACGCGCCAUCGAUGGGCUUUGCGGGACUUCCGCUCGUCCACGACAAUACGCCAUCGUACGCGCUUUUCUUCCUCGUCUUUGUCGUCGUCUGUGGCUUCUUCAUGAUGGGGCUCUUCCUCGGUGUUAUCGUCUACAAGUUUGACCAGAUCAAAGCCGCGUCCGAGGGUACGAUCUUCCUCACCGAGGAGCAGAAACGUUGGGUCAGCAUUCAACGUCAACUGUUUACGAAGCGGCCGCACUACGUACCGAGCAACCCACACGCCCGAAAGAGCUUUCGGUAUGCAGCGUUUGCUUGCAUUCAACACUGGAUCUUUGAGGUCGUCACGAUAUCGGCCGUCGGACUCAACGUGGUGCUCAUGGCAACUGACCAUUUCCCAUCGUUGCCAUCGUACCAAGCAACGUACGACAAUCUGCAGUGGGCGUUCACGGCGUUCUUCCUCCUCGAAGCGAGCGUCAAGGUGAUGGCACUUGGAGUGCGCGGCUACAUCCGCACUCGGGCCCAUUGGCUUGACCUCGUCGUGCUCUGCGUCUCUGUCUCGGACUCGUUCAUCGACGUUGGCGUGCUUCGCAUGCUUCGCGUCGUGCGCGCCUACCGCUUACUCAAGAACUCGCGCGGGCUGCUCUCACUUUUGCACACGCUUGAGACGUGCUUACCGUCGCUCUUGAACGUCGGGUCGCUCCUCGUGCUUGUCAUUUUUGUCUACGCCAUUCUGGGCAUGAACCUCUUCGGAGAGAUCGUUGAGGGCGAGUGCCUCCGACCCGGCCGCAACUUUGAAUCGCUCAGCAGCGCCAUGUUGGUGCUCUUCGUUGUCGUGACGGGCGACAGGUGGGAUUGCUACUUGGGCGACAUGCUGCCGCUCUACCCGCAAAUCGGCCGCGUGUACAUUUUCUCGCUCUUGAUUUUGGGCAACUACGUCGUGCUCAACAUUCUUAUUGCGGUCGUGCUCGAGAGCUUCAACGAAUUCAUGGCUGGCUGCGACACGGAGCUCGAAGACCAACCGACGAACGAUCACCUCGAUGCAUUUGCGGCUGCGUGGGGCGAGCUUGCGCACCAAGGAUCGCUCUUCCUUCCGUCGUACAAGCUUGCAGCACUGUUGCGCAUGUUGCCACCGCCGCUCGGCUUGCCUGGCCACGACCGGCAUAUCAACGUCGUGCAGUUCGUUCGCAGCUUGGACGUCCGACGCAACGCAGCCAGAGACAUGUUUUACCUCGACAUCUUCUACGCGCUUUGUCACCGAACUAUGCCCAAUGGCGCCACCAACUUUGAGUCGGCGAUGAUUGAAAAGCACCUGCAGACGGCGCUCGCUGCCCAUGCGCUGCGCCACUUUCACGAACUCCACUCGGUGCAGCUAGCUUUAGCCUCACUCCAGCGCUUUGACCUGACGCUCGAGUUCAACUCAGCCCUCGUGAUCCAGAAGGCGUGGCACAAGCACCGGCAACAAGUCACGAAAGAAAAUUCAUGCGAGAGCAGCAAAACGGUGCGCGCAAGGCGACCGAUUGCACAUUAAACCUUGCUUCAAAGAGUCUCGAUGCAUCUAC